AUGUACGUUUCUGAGUUCCCUGAAGGGUAUACCGCGAGGGAACUUUUCAAUCUUUUUGGAUGUGCCGGCAAUGUGGUGGAAGUGGCUAUUUCUCCAAGGAGGAAUAAGGUAGGAAAACGAUUCGGUUUUGCAAGGUUCGCAGAUGUGGAGGAUGGAAGGCUCUUAGCGGUUCGACUGGAUAAUAUUAUUAUCGCAGGUAGGAAAAUUCAUGUGAAUUUGCCCAGGUAUCAGAGGGAGCAGAGGGGGAGUGAGGCUAAGAGGGACGGUCGGGUGAAUGGAAUAGAGAGGUGUGCGAAUACGUCUGGGUAUGUCGCGAACAGGAAGUACGGUGGGGCUGUUUUCUCGCGUCCUGAUAAAUCAUUUGCGGAGGCUGUCGGUACGCCAGUGGGGGUUUCUGGUGUUAAGGAGACAGUGGUGACUCCGUUCUCAUUUCAGUCCAAGGAGGAGGUCAGAAGACGGUUCGCCAAAGCUUACGUCGGGAUUCUGCGUUUUCCAGGUACAGCUUUUAACAUUCAAACUCAUUUGGAGUUAGAAGGGGUCUUUGGGGUGAAAGUUACUCCGCUGGGUGGUAACUCUUGUUUGCUCGAGGAGUUGGAGGAAGGUUUUAUAGAAGAUUUGAUAGGGGAAGGAGAACUAUGGUGGAAGGAAUGGUUUUCGGUGAUUAAGAAAUGGGAAGAAGGGUCUGUAGACGGCAGCAGGGACGUGUGGGUAAGGAUAUACGGUAUUCCGCUUCACGCGUGGACUGCUGAAUUCUUUGUGGAAUUAGCAGGAUCGUGGGGAAGGUUUAUUUGUGUGGACGAGAACACUUCUAAAGGCGUCGCAUUCGAUAUGGCUAGAGUGAUGGUCAACAUCCCCAUCACACGCAACAUCCCAGAAACUGUUCCGGUUAACAUUGACGGUAGACUGUUUAAUCUGUGUGUUAGGGAAGAUGCGGUGGGCAUGGUGCGUUCGUUUCCGAGUAAAGUGCCAUCUAUAUCUUCUGGAUGCGGUUCCUCAGAGUCAGAGGUGGACUGGUAG